AUGCUAGAUUAGUUAGACAUAUUUGGUAGUUAAAUUUUCCUAAGAUUUAACAAAUAACAAACUUAUAACACAAGAUUAGGCACAUGUGUUACCCUCAUAAUAUAUGUACUCAUCUUUUACAGGCUAUUCGUAUUAAUUGUAGACGUAGUUCAAAGAAAUAAUCCAGAGGUUAUCUACAACGAAAGAUAAGUUGAUGAUCCUGCUAUUUUUGAGGCUUCAAGUAUAAGUUUUCCUAUUGCAUUUGGAAUGGAAAAUCAAGAGAAUUAUAAUUACUAUAUUGAUGAAAGCAUUUAUACAAUCUCUGCUUUUUGGAACUAAAAGAUUUUAACUUUCAAUGAGACUACUUAGUAGUAUGUCUCUACUUACAAUCAAGUGAGCAUAAAUGUCUAACCUUGCACAAUUGAAAAUUUCUAAAAUCUUAAAAACCAAAAAUACUAUCUUAGUCUUAACUAUACUAAUAUGUAUUGUCUUCCUCCUGAUUUAGUGUUGCCAAUUUAAGGGGACUUUCCUUCUAAAGUUUAUUCAGAUAUUCAAAUUACUGUUAAGAAGUGCUCAAAAAAUUGUUAAUCUAAAGAAAUUUUGGACAAAUUUCUUUAAAAGUCUAGUUUUGCUCUUUAAUUAUCUGACUCCUAUGUAGAUCCAACUAUUAGUGAUAAUCCAUUCAAAAUUUAUUCUAGAGAUAUGUUUUGGGCUACUAGUACUUUACUUCCAAAAGAUGCUAUUGUUUACAUUCGUAAUAAUUAUGUUUAUAGUGAUUUCGGAUGGUUUUUUCCUGAUGUAACAACUUAAAGAUUUCCAGCUUAUAGUUUUUCUGAAAGUUUUGAAUAUCCACCAUCGUUUUAAGAUUAUUUUCUUACCAUUUAUUUCCGAUUUGAAAAGCAAAAAGAGGGUGUCUAUAAAAGAUCAUAUAAAAAAUUCAAUUCUAUUCUGUCUGAAAUUGGAGGAUUUACUUAGAGUUUUCUUGCUAUUGGUUAUAUCAUUUGCAAAAAAAUAUCGCAGACAAAGUUAGAUAUUGACCUUAUUAACAAAGCAUUUAAAUUUUAAGGGAGUUUAAAAAGCAAAUAAUAAAAUGAAGGACAAUAAACAAAUAUAAAUGAAUAACAAAAACAGGGAAAUAAAAAAAAGCUUAAAAAGUCAAAGCAAAGUUAAGAAAGUUAAAAUAAUUCCAAAGUUAAUUUGACUAGUAGUGAUGAGAAUUUGAGAAAAAAUAAUUAGACAUUUAAAAAUAAUAUAUAAAAUUUUUGUUAUGAUGGCUAAAUAGAUGAAAGCAGUUAAAAACAAAAUCUCUCUUAAAGCCCUUAACAAAAUAGUCCUACUUAUUAAAAUUAAAAAUCUGAUAAAUUUUAUUGCGAUUUAAAUCAAUAAGAUACUGUUUUGGAAUAAAGGCGGAAACAAAAAAGCAAGUAAUUAACAGUUUCUUAGUAGAUGAUGAGCUAUUUUAAAGAUAAAAGCAUAUAAUUAAAAAAACCAGUUGAAAAAUCAGAUAAUCAAAAAUAACAAAUUAACAAAAUGCUGUCAUUGAAAGAAUAAGAAAAAAGGAAGAAAUAAAUUGAAGAUUAGUUCAAAAAGCGCUUAGAUAAUUAAAUGAGUUCUAUCAGAGAAAAGCUUUAUCAUAACAUUGACGUAUUCAACAUUAUUUAUAAAUUAAAUGAAUUAGAAAAGUUAAAAAGACUAAUUUUUGAUUAAGAUCAGCUCAAAUUGUUUGAUUACUUGCCCAAACCCACCAUCUAAACUGAUAUCUGUUUUAAAUAAAAUGAAAAAAAAGAUGAUUUAGAAAUUGACUUGCUUUAUCAAGAUAAUAGAUCAGAAUUAUAAAAGGCACGUGAAAGUUUUUAAGCUUACCAAAAUAUAGCUCAUAAAAAUGAUUAAUCUAUUUUAGAUCAAAAAUUAAUCAAUUAACUUGAUCCUGCUUUGAAAGAAAUGUUCAAAUAGCUAAAUGAAAAAUAUAAAAAUUCUUUUAAACUCAUUUUAAGUCCUUAAACAUCACUUUUAAAUAAUUCAACAAAAUCUAGGUUUAAUUUAUUUGAAAAAUAAUUCUAAGACAGAAAAGAUAAAUUCAAAAAAUCAGAUCAACAUAAUCUAUAAUUUAACAAUCAAACUUAGGAGAGUUAGAUUUAAGUAGAUGAAUUUGAUGAAAUAUAUCAAAACAAUAAAAAAAGAAAGUUGAAUACUUUUGUAAGUAAUGUGAAUCAACUAUCUUAAUUAUGA